UAAAUAAAAGACACUAGUAAUAAAAUAGUAAAUAAAAGUGUGAGGCCCAAAUCUAAAGUCCAACUCUAAUUAUAUAUAUUUCACCUAAACUUCCACAAAAAAGAAGGGCAAAACUCGAUCUUUCAAGCACUUAGCACUCACUUGCAAUGGCUAUAAGGCUUCAAUUUGAGAAUUCAUGUGAAGUUGGUGUUUUUUCAAAGCUAACCAAUACCUACUCUUUGGUUGCUAUCGGGGCUUCUGAAAACUUCUACAGCGUGUUUGAGGAUGCGUUACCUGAAAAUUUUCCAGUGAUCAAAACUUCCAUUGGAGGAACAAGGAUAAUUGGAAGACUCUGUGCUGGAAACAAAAAUGGGCUUCUUUUGCCUCACACUACUACAGAUCAAGAACUUUGGCACUUGAGGAAUAGUCUCCCGGACAGAGUAGUGGUUCAUCGCAUUGAAGAGCGGUUAUCUGCCCUCGGAAACUGCAUUGCAUGCAAUGAUUAUGAUUCUCUUGCACAUGUAGAUCUUGACAAGUUCUAUCAGGAAACUGAAGAGAUGAUUGCUGAUGUUCUUGGUGUGGAAGUUCUCCGGCAUACAAUAGCAGAUAAUAUUCUUGUUGGAAGCUAUUGUGUUUUCUCAAACUUGGGAGGCUUGGUACAUCCUCAUGCAUCUAUUGAAGAGAUGACGGAGCUUGCAGAUCUCCUUGGUAUUCCUGUGAAGGCAGGAACUGUGAACCGCGGUAGUGAAGUGAUAGCUGCUGGUAUGAUUGUCAACGACUGGGCAGCGUUUUGUGGGUCAGACACAACAGCAACAGAAGUGGCUGUUAUCGACAACAUUUUCAAGUUGCAGGGGGCUCAACCCAGUCUUAAUGAGAUCAGGAAAUCUGUGAUCGACAUGUACGUUUGAGUUAUUUUGUAUACAUACUGAGUUUUGUGUGUUAAUUGAUUAUAUGCACAGACUAUGGUGAAUCUUAAUAUAUGCAGUACAUUCAUCCAAUGAACAAAGUAUGAGUCUGAGUUGCUAUUAGAGUUGUAACAAGUCACAAUGAAAUGAUCUAAUGUUAUUUGACUGCAGUCAAUUAUAUUUCCAACUAAAACAAAA